AUGGCUAUCUCCAUUUUCUUCAUGCUGUUGGCUCAUAUCACCCUCAGGACUCAUGUCGAAAUCUUGACACGUGAACGUAACGAGUUGCAACGGAAGCAAGAUGAUGCCAAAAGGAAGAUUCAGGAAUUGGAACGACAAAUCCAGGCAAUGCGAGAUGAAUUGGUGACCAAUCAAGGCAUGUCAUCAUCAUCCAAAAAGUUGUCGUCGGUAGCUCCCAUAUCCGAAGGUGGCACAACCCAUCAUGAUGACAUACUACAGCAUCAUACAAUGUCAAGCUCAAACACUGAAGCGAUGUACGAAAAACAAGGUUCCCGUAAGGAUACCCCGAUUGACAACAGAACCAUCCGCGCACGGUUACAUACACCACCAGAAGCUCCAUCGAUAAACAAGAAACGCAUCGCACAGCUUACUAAACUGCAGCACACAUUGAAAAAUGCUCUCAGACAAGUAUCGCAAACACGUGACGAUCUUACCACUCUAAUCGAUGCAAAAGACGACUUGGAGCAAAGGACCAUUAAUAUUGAAAAGCAACAAAAAGAGACCGCAUCACAAUUGGAACUAUGCAAAGCAAAGCUGAGCGCCAAAAAUGAGGAGCUACAACAUGCGACCAGAAUGAAUCAUCAGAAUCAAGAAUCUUUGGGAUUGAAAGAAAGAGAGGUGAAAAAAUUGAAGCGUACUUUAGGACAUUUGUUGGAUUAG